AUGUCAAUUACAAUGACAAUGACAGUUACAGUCAUCGUCGUGUCUGCCCCUUCUGAUUGGCCGGAUCUUCCUACCUGGCAAGGGUGUCUGUGGGCGUGCAAAUCGUCGUCAUGUGACAAGUGGAAAGGUGGAGUCGCCUUAUCGAGACGCAACAACCUGACUCGGGCGGGCCUCCCCUUCGCGGCCUGGACAAAGCAGCGAGGCGGGAGCCAGCCGACACAAGACCGGCCUGACGGGGACAGAGCACGACAGGGCACGACAGGCGACCGGGACGACGAUGACUAA